GUUGGAAUGUGUUUUGCCACAGAUUUAUAGUAUGCUAACAGAAGUUCAUCGUCUUGUAAUCUUGGCAUAUCGUGAAAGAUCAAAAACUGCGUAAUUCAAACACCAACAGGAACAUGACGACGAUCGCUUUACUUUAUAUAAGCUCUUUAUGUAUCAACGUUGUGUUUGGUGCUGAUCCAGAUGAAGUGAAGACUCUGUCAGUGAUGGAGGGAGAUUCUGUUACUCUACACAAUCAUUUUGCAAUACAGAAUAAAUCUGUGCUAGAGUGGGACUUCGGAAUGGAAGGGUUUCUUGUAGCCAAAAUCGAUAGAGAAGCCAAUGAAGUCUCAUUAAAUGAUGAUGUUGCCGAUAGGAGAUUCCUUGGCAGACUGCAUAUGGAUGAAGAGACUGGAGAUCUCACCAUCAUAAACAUCACAACUAAUCACACUGGAGAGUAUAAACUAGAGAUUACUGACCCAGGGAGGAACAAAAAGACAUUCAGUCUCAAUGUUUUUGGUGAUCCUGGUGAAGUGAAGUCUGUGUCUGUGUCUGUGAUGGAGGGAGAUUAUGUUACACUACAUGUUGGCUAUCCAGAUAUCAAGAACUAUGAUGUGAUACGCUGGAGGUUUCAAUACAAAUUUCGUCUUGCUGAAAUCGACAGAAAAACUGGAAGCCUCUCAAAACAUGGUGAUGUUCUUGACGGGAGAUUCAGAGACAGACUGGAGGCGAAUCAUCUGUCUGGAUCUCUCACCAUCACUAAAAUGAGAACUGAUCUUUCUGGACUUUAUGAAGUAGAUGUCAACAGCAAUAGUGGAGCACACACCAUACAUAAGUCAUACACAGUUACUGUCAGUGGGGAUGUGAAGAUACUGUCAGUGAUGGAGGGAGAACCUGUCACUCUACAGACUGAUCUUACUCACAUACAGACAGAUGAUCGGAUACAGUGGAUGUUUGUAUUUGAUGGCACUCUAAUAGCUGAAAUAUAUCAACCAAACUAUAUAAACAGUGCAUACAAUGGCACUGAUGUGAGAUUCAAAGACAGAUUGAACCUGAAUCAUCAGACUGGAGAUCUCACCAUCAACAAAAUCACCAAAAAACUCUCUGGACUUUAUGAACUAAAGAUCAUCAGCAGAAGACUAUACAUUCACAGGAAAAUCACUGUUAAUGUCAGCGAGGCGACUCUGUCUUCACAUGUUAUAGCAGGUAUAUGUGUUGGUGUUCUGCUGGUUAUCGCUGCUGCUGCUGCUGGUGGGAUUUUCUGUCGUCACAUGUACCCUAAAGCAAGAACACAGAAGGUGAUGGAGGGAGAUACGGUCAUUCUGCACACUGAUGUUCAUGUCAGACCAGAUAAUGUUGUGAUGGAGUGGAGUAUUGGAUCUCUUAUGACUCAAAAGAUCGCUGAAUACAAGAACUCAAAUAAAAGGAUGUAUGGUGAUGCUCUUGAUGGGAGAUUAAGAGGCAGACUGACACUGAGAGACACAGGAUCUCUCACCAUCAAAGACACCAGAACCACAGACUCAGGAGUUUAUCGACUAAAAAUCAAAGAGAGUAGAAUACCCACAAUCAAGAGAUUCAGACUGACUGUCACAAGUACACUUGAAAUGAAAUUUGUGAAGGAGGGAGAAUCUGUUAUGCUGGAGACUAAAACUGAGAUACAAAACAAGAAACUCGAGUGGAUUUUUGAAGAUCAAGACACUCCCAUAGCUCAAAUCGAUCCUGCCUGCAAUGUUUACAGUACAUCUGAUGAUGGUGUAUUCAGAGACACACUGCAACUGAACCAUGAGACUGGAGAUCUGACCAUCAACAACAUGAGUGAGGAACACUUUGGGCUUUAUAAAUUACAGGUCAUCGCCAAUGAUGACGAAAUCUCCUACAGGAGAUUCAACGUGUCUGUCGAUGAUUCCAACAGAGUGACCGAAGAAGUACCUUUGACGAAUGGAGAUGUUCAGCAACAGUGACGUGCUUCCUCUAGCAGCUUUUACACACUGGAUGGAUAUUUUGUACAGGUCAUGUGAACAAGAAUGGAUAAAAGGAUGAAAUUUCCUGUAGCUCAGUGGUAAGAGAAUUGUGUUAACAACGUGGUUCAAUCCCAGGGGAUUGGACAUACUUAGAAACAAAUGUAUAGGAUAAUGCAAUGUAAAUGCAAUGCAAAGUUGCUUUGGAUAAAAGCGUCUGCCACAUGCAUAAAUUUAAAGUGAAACCAGUCUUAAGAGGCAAUUUUUCGAAAUUGAGAUUUAUACAUGAUCUGAAGCUGAAUAAAAAAGCUUUACAUCAAUAUUUGAUUUGUAAGGAUAGCACAGUAUUUGGCGUUUAAAUAUCUGGAAUCUGAGCGUGCAAAAAAAUCAAACCAUUGAGAAAACGGCCUUUGUUGAUCAGAGGCGUUGGAGCAGGCUAUUGUUAAUAAGAAACAUGUUUGUUUUAACGCUCUCUAUUGGCUAACUGCUGUAAUGACAUUGAGGAGAGAGGACAAAUCCAUUAGCUGAAAUUCUAAGCUUUACCUUGGAAACCAAACUUGGGUGCAGUAGCGAGCAAAGGCAAUUUUGAUUCGGGAUUUUGCCGCAUCCACACACAAAGAUAAAGUCUUGAUAUUUUUACGGUUGAAACAUGAACUUCACUUAGUAUCAUAUUGAUUUUGACCCAUACAAUGUAUUUCUGGCUAUUGAUGUGCUACUUAAGACUUGUUUGUGAUCCAGGGUCACAAAUGUUAUACAACUGCAUUGAUAAUGAAACUUCUUUAUUUGCUUCCGAAAAAUCACAAAUUUGCGAAUUGUAUAGAACCUGAUAUAGGUUCUAUAUAUAAACAUCUACACUAAAGCACUGCCAGUGUAAAAGCACAAUAGUUACAUACUACAUAUACAUUUACUUUAUGCAAAGUGACUUGAAAUAACACUAAGUGCAGUUUAUAAAGUCAUGUACUACAAUUUAAGCUAAAGAAAGAUGUUAUCAAAGGGAUUUUUUAGAAUUUACAGAAAGAGAUUGGUGUAUAAUAUAUAUAUAGAACAUCUCUUAAAUUAAUAGUAAAUGUGAAUUGAUAAGCAUGAAUUGCUUAAACUGUGUGAUUAUUACCCAUAAGUCCUACUGUGUAGAGCUGAUGGAUGAGCCAACGUUUUACAGUUUACUGUUACAUGUACAUUUUUUGUAUAUAAUUUUGUUGUAGUGCUGUCAUGGUUAUUCAUGAUCAGGAAUGACCCACAUAUAUGCAUUAUAUAGCAGUGAACGUUGCGGUGUGCAUUACACAAUUGGCAACCAUUUGUGUAAAAGACUGUUGCGUGUGCACAUUUAAGGCAAGAAAACAAUCAUGUUUGGUCAUCUAAACUGAUUAGGAAUGUAGUAAUACACACUUGUGUAGUUUUGCAUGUAAUUAGAUUUGUUGGUCAAUAGUUAGAUGUAUAAGAUGUGUUUUUCUCACUGUGAUAAUCUCUUGACUCAAGCUUUUGAUCUGUGUAUAUUGGAACUUGAGUUGGUGGAAGAGAUACUUACUUUAUUUGUAUCUUUUUUUAUGCUGUCAAUAAACAACUGUGAUUCA